CUGGUUUUUCUGAUUCCUAUUUUGCAAGUCCACAUUUUCCAAGACUUGACAUUUGGAUUCUAGAGCCUUCCUCUGCCCUUCCCCCAUGAAUUCGAAAGAACCUGCAAUUCCAUUCCAUUCUCUUCUUUUGCUUCUGAAUUCCUGUAGAAUUGUCCUGGGAAAGUGACCUGUGAUGCCCAAGAAAUCUCUAGUACCACUUUUUUUUUUUUUUUUUGGAAGUGUUCUUCUAGUUGUUUGAGUUCCAUCCUUCUGAAUUGUGGGAAAAACUGAGUUUCUGCCCUGUCCACAUCGUCACUGAUGGGAGCUUUGUUUUCUGCUUGUCUUUUCCCCAAGGAGAUGAUAGAAAGUGACAUCUCAUCCAUGAUGUCAGGAAUUAUUCGAAACUCAGGGCAAAAUCACCACCCCUCUCCGCAGGAAUACAGGCUCCUGGCCACCAGCAGCGAUGAUGACCUUCCCGGGGACCUGCAGUCGCUAUCGUGGCUCACAGCAGUGGAUGUGCCACGGCUGCAGCAGAUGGCGAGUGGCCGUGUGGACCUGGGUGGCCCCAGUGCACCGCACCCACACCCAGGUGCCUUGGCCAGGGCGGCUGACAUGCGCGUGGGAGCCACCCCAGGUGCCCUGCUCCACAGCGCGGCUGGCAUGGUCCCCCCAGUCAUGCUAGGUCUGGGCCCCAUCGCCAAUCACGGAACCAGUAUGAAUCAGAUCCCUGUGGGGGGCCAGCCCUCAUCCGGCCUGCAGGACGCCCCACAGCUCUACUCACCUGCCUCCCAAACACAGUUACCACCCCCCACAGGCACCCAGCAGUGCCCUCCCAUGGGCCUGUACAGCUCCCCGUUUGGAGCACGGCCUCCCUACCCCCAGCCCCGCAUGGCUGUCCAUUCAUCUCAGGAACUGCACCCCAAACACUACCCCAAGCCCAUCUACUCAUACAGUUGUCUGAUCGCCAUGGCCCUGAAGAACAGCAAGACAGGCAGCCUGCCUGUGAGUGAGAUCUACAGCUUCAUGAAGGAGCACUUCCCCUACUUCAAGACGGCCCCCGACGGCUGGAAGAACUCGGUGCGACACAACCUGUCCCUGAACAAGUGUUUCGAGAAGGUGGAGAACAAGAUGAGCGGCUCCUCUCGUAAGGGCUGCCUGUGGGCCCUGAACCUGGCCCGCAUCGACAAGAUGGAGGAGGAGAUGUACAAGUGGAAGAGAAAGGACCUUGCCGCCAUCCACCGGAGCAUGGCCAACCCCGAGGAGCUGGACAAGCUGAUCUCGGACCGACCGGAAAGCUGCAGGAGGCCUGGCAACUCCGAGACCACUGUGCUGACUCACGCCGCCACGGUGGCCAUGGCCCAUGGCUGCCUGGCUGUCUCCCAGCUCCCACCCCAGCCCCUGAUGACCCUGUCCUUGCAGUCAGUCCCCCUGCACCACCAGGUCCAGCCCCAGGCACAUCUGGCCCCAGACUCUCCCGCCCCGGCCCAGACCCCACCCCUGCACGCCCUGCCGGAACUGAGCCCUAGCCCCCUGCCCCACCCUGCCCUAGGACGGGCCCCCGUGGACUUCAUCAACAUCAGCACCGACAUGAGCACUGAGGUGGACGCCCUGGACCCCAGCAUCAUGGACUUUGCCCUGCAGGGGAACCUCUGGGAGGAGAUGAAGGAUGGGGGCUUCAGCCUGGACACCCUGGGGGCCUUCGGAGACUCGCCCCUUGGCUGUGAGCUGGGGGCCUCGGGCCUGACCCCCAUCUCCAGCGGCAGCGACCAGUCCUUCCCAGACUUGCAGGUGACAGGUCUCUAUGCCACAUACUCGACCCCAGACAGCGUGGCCACGUCAGCCACCACCUCCUCCUCCCAGUACCUGGGCGCCCCGGGGAACAAGCCCAUAGCCCUGCUUUGAGGCGACGGUCUCACCUGCUCCCAGCCCCUGGGCCCGGCAGAGAGCUCCCGGAGCCUGGUGUACCUGGAAGCAAGGCCUCUUACACCCUGUUGGUGCCCCUGGCCCCCUCACACCUCCACAGGAGGCCUUUUGGGGCCUCCCCAAGUCAGAAGGACAGAGGGGAGUGGACAGGUGCGCCAGCUUCCCCCGGCCCCAACGCUCCUCCCAGAGAGUGACAUCUGAGAACAAGAUUUCUCCGGCCUGCAUCCCCGCCAGGCUCCUGAAAUGACCCGCGAUCCCCUUUGAGAUGGGACGCGUUGGUGCACCACGGAAACUCCUCCAGUGGGGAGGCUCUUGAAUUUAUUCCUCUGGGACUGAGCAUCCACCCCAGCCCCCAGAGCCCAGGCCCCGAGGCCUGGAGCAGAACUGGCCGAGUGGCCAGCUUCCCUUGGCCUGGCCUGGGCUGCACUCCGAGGCGGGUGCCCGCCCCCCACCCUCCAGGCCCGCUCCUCCUGCAGGCCGUUGCACACGAGAGACCCCUGCGCCAUGCCGGGCCCUGGGCCCCCGUGUACAUUUAUUUAUAUUUAUUGGAGCCCCUCUGCACCAUCUCUUCGAAGCCGGCCCCGCGGCCUCUGGAAUGAGAGUCCCCGGUCCCUGCCUGCAUCCGGGUAACCCUAACUCCCAAAUUUCUCCAGGACAUCAUGACUCCCAACCGGCUCUUAAGCCCUUUUGCAGCCUUGGGCUGCUUUUUAGAACAAAAAGCACUUUGGAUACUAUGGAACAUCCUCUUUUUCUAAAUUGGAGACCAGAGACGGUUCUAGCCGCUGGGUCAUGAUUUGGAUCUCUUCCCACAUGCACCCGGGAGGAGAGGUGCCCCACACCGCUCGCGGCGGCUCGGGGGCUUUCUAAGGGCAGAUCGGGAUGGGAAUGGGAAGAAUGGCGGGGGCCAUUUGUGCUGGAAUUUAAGAUACAUGUGAUGUAAAAAGCAAACGGAACCAUGUAAAGCUUGCCCCACGCGGUGAGGGAGGGCUGACAAAGCUGCAAUGCAGAGUAUUUAUUGGCACUUGGUUGCCUAUUCAUUGCCCUAUGGCCAUUUUUAUGUAUUUCUCUUUUUUUUCUCUUGUUACCAAUUACUGAUUUUGCAAGUGGCGGAUUCUGCCGACAGUGGGUUGGAGGAGGGACAGGAGCCUGUGUCGGCGGGGACAAGAGAAGGUAACUCGGGAUCUUCCAGCCCAGUCGAUGCCGAGAAACUGCAGUGGUGGCUCAGACCACUGUCCUCUCUUGACCAACUGGACAUUUGGCUCCUGUGUCUGGGCGUUCCCAAACCCAAGGGCCAGAAAUUUCCUCAGCCAGCCGCCUGGAGGGCUCAAGGUUGGGGCUUGUCUCAGAGGACCAUCUUUAUUUAAGUACUUGCUACCUAGUUCUGGAACUUUCUGCCGAGCAGCCAUCAUCUUUAGACACAGUCUGGUGUUGCCCAUCUGAGCAGGACCGCUCAGCGCCUUUGUGUGAUGUGACCCCCCCCCCCCCCGACAAGUUAAGAUGUUUGAGUUGUUGUUAAUGAAGACCCCGCAUUUGGGUGACGCCAAGACUCUGUGAAAGUAGUGAAUAACUGUUUUUUAUCAAUAAAGGCUGAAUGGCAGCCCUGUGGCUCAGAGAGAGGUGUGAGGGGGCGUGAAGGACAAAAACGCCAUUUGUCACUCACCGCUCACAGGUGAGGUCCCAUUUACAGAUGGGGAAACUGAGGCCCAGAGAGGUAACACCACAACAACACUGUACCCAGGUGUCUGAUGCCAGGUUCCCAUUGGAGUUUGUCAUUAUUGGGAAAAUUAGCAUAGCCAUCAUUUACUGGCCCUCAGUGUCAGGCUUUUGGCAGGCAUCCCUCAGGCAGGGAUGUGAACUCCAUUUAUUGCUCAGAAAGCAGAGGCUCAGAUCAGCCGAAGAGGUAGGACUGAGGCCCUGUGUGUCAGACUCCAGAGCUAGAGCUCAGUGGUGCUGCCUCUGGUGCAUUCCUGGGGUCAGAGAAGGUUACAAGGUGGGAGCAGAUGCACCCUUUUCAGCACCAGGCCCUCCUUCAAUCCUCGUUACGACCCUGCCAGGCAUGGCUUCGUCACCGCACCCAUUUUGCAGAUGAAGAAACUGAGGCUCAGGGAAAUAAAGGAAUGUCUUGCCACCCAAGAUAACAGCAAAAGGGUGCAUUAAUUAGGAGUCGGUCUAGCUCUUCAGCCCUCCUGGAGAGUGGCUUGCAGCCUCACUGGGGAGACCAGUCUGUGCAUGUGUGACAAUUAGCAGGAAAGGAAGUGUAGGAGGCUGAUGAUGGGGAAGGGCAGACGGGUCCCACCUCAGUGGAAACCACGCAGAUGACAGGGAGAGACUCCCCCCGUGGCUUGGCUCCACGGUGGCCCUGUGACCCAAGCCUGGCCAAUGAGCGCAUCACUGCCCCCACCGCCCUCAGUGACUGGUUGGGACUGGAAUGACCCAGGCCAUGUUGGUCACAGCAAGUGGGCAUCACCCGGGGACUUUGUAGCAGCUAUAGGACAGGGCCGCCACGUUGGAGGGUGAAGCCUCGUAUGCACAGAAUCGAGGCAAAAAGGUCACAAGCUCUCAGCCAGAGCCCCAGUCACAACCCGAGCGUUACCUGCGCAGGGGCCGAGCUGACCCUGGAAGAGAAAGCACAAAGGAGAGACCGGAGGAAUGAGGCUUCAUGGAGGCUCUUUCUGCAAUUGGUCAACUCCGGAGAAAAAUACUCAUCAUUGGCCACCCUUUCAACACCAGCUGUGUGCUACAUGGAGCUAAACACCAGGAAGCCGCUCCUGACUAGUCCAGCUCAACCACCCACAGAAGCAGGAGAUGGUCCCACUUCCCAGAUGAGAAAACGGAGACUCAGCUCAUGAUUGUGCAGCUUCUCUCCUCCUUCCGGGGGAAAUCACCCACGUUCUAACCUCAGAAAGAGCAAUGCCACCGGCCAACACGUACGGGGGCUUACUCUGUGCUCCGUGCACUGCGACACGGCCUAUUUCAUUUAUCCUGUUCUCUGGGGGAG